CGCCGUUCGAUUGCAUCUCGCUGCCGCACACCCCCCAUAUCGCUCGAUCGCAUCUCGCUGCGACGCACUGCAUCCGAAUGACCCCUCUGGUCCGCCGCAGUCAUCCGAUGCUGCCCCCAACUCUCCACCCCUCACGGGUCUGCAUCCUCGGUGCUGCUGCUGGCGCUUUUUCCCGCCCUCGGACAGCGCCGAGCACCCAUGUGCCGGCAUGAUGAACAGCGCCCUGCUUGGACCUAUGACGUCCAACCUAUAAAGCCACCGGCCUUGUCCAUGAACAACUCAGGGCGAACGCUGCGUCGAAUCAGCCCUCGAUAUUCCUGCUCCUCUGUCUUCUGCUUUGUCCGUGGCUGCUCCAGCCAUAUUCUGCUCUUUUCCAGCUCUGUACGAUACAUUCGCCCUAUGCUCUCGGACGCUUUCCCAGCAGCCACCAAGUCUAUGCCCUCGGUCGUGCCCGAGACGCUGCCGCAUCUUGGCGACCCUGUGCGGCCACCCCACAGCGAGGUUUGUGUGUUUUCAGCUCGGCCAAAGGCCCGACCAAACGGCUUCCGCCAUGCUCCGUCCAGCACACAACCCGCACCGGCCCGCAGCCACUCUGCUUCCGACACCGGGCCUGCCUCUACCUUGACGACAAGCUCGCAAGCCCACCCACCUCGCAUCGUCGUCCUCGUCGAGCCGUGCUGUCGUCGACUCGCACCUGCCGCCGAGGCCGAGCCCAAGCAUCCGCUGCACACGCAACCAUGGCUCAGCUGGCCGCAUCUGACUCGAGACGAAUGGGCAGGAGCAGGGAUGCUCCUCGCCGUGGCCGGGGUGUCGACGGGGCUGUUCGUGAUCCUGUUCUGGCUGGGCCCGCUGCUGAUUGUGUUUGGUGGAGUCGUCAGCAUCGGCUUCUGGCUGGCACAGGGCAUCCGUGCUGUUCUGCGCAUUCUGCAGGAACAGACGGACUACGACACCGCCCCGCCCGAGCCAUGAGUGCGAAGGGGAUGCUGAAGAUCCCGAUGCCAGUCCCAUCUGCCUGAUACCCUCUUCGAAUUGCAAGAUCGAUGCAAGUCUGAUGCCGCAACCGCCGCCAGAAGGCCCCCGGUCGACCGCAGGAUCGGUCCGGCCGGCCGCGUGGCUGCAUGCAACUUGAUCACCCGGCCUGUCUGUCUGGGUCGCCGUCUGGCAGCAAGCGCUGAGCUGACCCCCCAUCCGCGCUGCGAACCUGCAGAUGACCAAAGGCCACCCAGAGCCGCGCAAUGCUCUCGCCCCCCCCCCAAAAGCAUGUCAUGCGACGCUGCCGGCCCGACAGAGUCUCCCAUGUCCCUGCAGUCUCUGUCCGUGCUGCGCACAGGGCGUGAAUAUACAUGAUUCCAAUCCGCAA